AUGAUCCUGGAGAAGUUCAGCUCCCUGAGGAUGCAUGCCCAGGCUGUGACAACCUCUGCCCUGGUGUAUUUCAUCCAGCUUCCUCGGGCAAGAUGUGAGGAGGACUGUGUGAAUCCUGAACAUUGCCUGACCACAGAUUGGGUACAUCUCUGGUAUAUAUGGUUGCUGGUGGUGAUUGGCGCGCUGCUGCUCCUGUGUGGCCUGACUUCCGUGUGCUUCCGCUGCUGCCUGAGUCGCCAGCAAAAUGGGGAAGACGAGGGCCGGCCUCCCUACGAAGUGACAGUCAUUGCUUUUGAUCAUGACAGCACCCUGCAGAGCACUAUCACGUCGCUGCAGUCAAUAUUUGGCCCCGCGGCUCGAAGAAUCCUGGCGGUGGCUCACUCCCACAGCCCCCUGGGCCAGCUGCCCUCCUCCUUGGACACCCUCCCAGGGUAUGAGGAGUCCCUUCGCAUGAGUCGCUUCACCGUUGCGAGGUGUGGACCGAAAACACCUGACCUACCCCCAGUGCGGGGAGAAAAGCAGCCGCCUCCACUCGACAAGUCUCCUCAAGCAGGACCCGCUUCCAACUGAUGGGAAUUCUGGUUUUAUAAAUGGAGGGGGUGGGGGGGGGAGAUCCCCAGAGUAGCUCCAGACAGACAAGUGGGACGUUUCUUUUUCUAACUUUCGGAAGAUUUAGGAGGACAACUAGACAUUACUGAGUGGAAAGGAUGGGUCCCAACCUUUCAGUUCCAGCCACAUGUAUUUUCUAAUAUGGAAUGCUCUAAUUGCGAACUCUAAUUCCUUAUCCAAUGGCCAAAAUUUGCAACUAACCUCUAGCGAUGCUGACUACUGCUGAACCAAGACAGCAUCAGAUG